AUGCCGGCCCACGAACGUAUCAUCGAAGUGGCAGGGCUGCAGAACUGCCGCGACCUCGGCGGUUACCGUACACGGGAUGGCAAACACGUCGUCAAGUACAGGCACAUCUACCGCUCCGACAACGUUGGCGACGUCACGCCUAAGGGCAAGAAGAUGCUCUUGGAGAAGCUGCGGCUCAAGUACAUCAUCGACUUUCGCGGUGCGGAGGAGAAGGCGCGCUCGCCGUAUGCGUUCGCAGGUGCCACGUACCUCCCGCUCCCGAUCGAUACCUGCUUCAUCACCGAGCACGUGCUAAAGAACCCAUCGCUGGACGGGCCAUCUGCGGAGGCGCUGCUUCGGCGAAUCGCAACAACCUUUCUCAUCGACUUCAAGGACGUCUUCAAGAACUUCUUCGACAUCUUUCUCAGGGAAGCAAAAGGGCAGCCGGUCUUGUUCCACUGCACAGCUGGGAAGGACCGCACCGGCGUGGCCGCAGCGCUCCUCUUGACCGCCCUGGACGUGCCUGCAGAAACUGUGAUGGAGGAUUUCAUGCUGACGAACCAGUGCUGCGUACCACCAUCGUGCGAAACGGUGAAAGUGGGCAACUGCGUCAUCUCGAAGGAUGCUGUCAACCUACUGUUCCGUGCCCAAGCCUUCUUCCUGGAGCUGUGUUUUGACGAGGUGUGCAAGAGGUACGGCUCAGUGAAGGCGUACAUGGAGAAAGAGCUUGGGAUAGGUAUGGAGCAGCUAGAGAAGCUGCGCAGCUACUACGUCCGCUCGACCUCAUCGAGCUCAUGA